UUCAGAGGAGAUUGUGAGACAGUUAGUGACGAGUAACAGUGGAGACGGGGAGAGAAAUUGACAUAGUGUGGAUUGUGAAGUUUCAUUAAGCCUGGGGGUAGAGCCCAGGCUCGGGUUAGAAGCACCUAGUCCUGGGUUUGCAGCGAACGAGAAUAUUCCUGCAGGCCUCGGGUUGGGAGAGGCCAAGGGUUUGCCGCCAUCUUUAUUGAGGGCAAUGUCUGCGCGGCCGCCAUGUUUAUUCGGGGCACUGGUCCGCCGGAAACUGCAUUGACUGGAGGAUUCUCUAACGAGAAGCUCAAAAGAGUCAUCACACCAACACUUGAAACUGCCACUGGAUUCACAAGGAUCUGAAAAUCAUUGGUCUUUAACUGUGGAAUGACAAAGGUUCUGUCUUCUGGGAAAAUGUAUACAGUUUUUUCUUUCUGCGUUUAUUUGACGGGAUAGACUUGCAGUCUUGAAACUGAAACCAAACGUCACAUCACGAUCUGCCAGAGUUAUUUGCAGCCUCAGUGUUGUUGGGUUGUGGACAUGGAUGAAAGUAGCACGGUCCCCAGUGGGGAGAAACCAUACACGUGUGCUGUGUGCAGGCGAGAUUUCAGCCGAUCAUCUGGCCUGUUAAGACACAAAUGCAGUUGCAGUGGAGAGAAGCAGUGUAAAUGUGGAGACUGUGGGAAGGGAUUCAAUUACCCGUCGGAGUUGGAAACUCAUCGACGCUGUCACAGUGGGGAGAGGCCAUUCACCUGUACUGAAUGUGGGAAAGGAUUCACCCGGACAUCUGAACUGCUAAGACAUCAACGCGUUCACACUGAUGAGAGACCUUUUAAGUGCUCAGACUGUGGGAAGUGUUACAAAACCUCUGGGGAGCUGACAUCACAUCAAUUUGUUCACACUGAUGAGACCCCAUUCAAAUGUUCUCAGUGUGGGACUGGGUUCAGAAAAUUGGAUUAUCUGACUCGACACCAGCGCAUUCAUGGGGGCAGGCCAUUCACCUGCCCUGAAUGCGGCAGGGGAUUCACUAACACAUCCCGCUUGCUGAUACACCAGCGAGUCCACACCGGGGAGAGACCAUUCACCUGCUCUGAGUGUGGGAAGGGUUUCACUCAGUCUUCUCACCUACUGGAGCACUGUCGAGUUCACAUUGAUGACAGACCUUUUAAAUGUCCAGACUGUGGCAAGUGCUUUAAGAGUUCAGGGGAAUUGAUAUCGCAUCAACGUAUUCACACAGACGAGAGACCGUUCAGGUGCUCUCACUGUGGGAGUGGCUUCAGGCAAUCAUCUCAACUCACCGCGCACCAGCGCGUUCACACUGGGGAGAGGCCGUACAGCUGUUCCAAGUGCGGAAAGGGAUUCACUCACUCGUCCCACCUGCUGACACACCAGCGCGUUCACACUGGGGAGAAACCAUUCGCCUGCUCUGCGUGCGGAAAGCGAUUCAGUCACUCAUCCACCCUGCUGACGCACCAGCGCGUACACACCGGGGAGAGGCCGUUCACCUGCACCAAGUGUGGGAUUGGAUUCACUCAGUUGUCUGCCCUGCAGACACACCAACGAGUUCACAGCGGCGAGAGACCUUUCAAGUGCCCAGAUUGUGGGAAGUGCUACAAAAGUUCCCAAGGACUGAUGUCUCAUCAGAGCAUUCACACUGGGGAGUGGCCCUUCACCUGCUCCGAGUGUGGAAAGGGAUUCAGUCAGUUUUCCGGCCUGGUGACACACCAGCAAGUUCACACUGGGGAAAGACCAUUCACCUGCACUGUAUGUGGAAAGGGAUUCACCCGAUCAUCCAACCUACUGAGGCACCGGGGCGUUCACAAGUCACUGCAGUGAUUGAGCUUUUAAGGUGAAUUCAGGACUGAACUGUGUACACUUCAGUCUGUGUCUGUGCAAGCAGAUAACCUCCAGUCCAGUAAUAGACGUUAAUACUCUAGACACAAAUAAAAUAAAUCAGUUAGGUGUUCAACA